CUUAAUCCGCCCUUCAAUUCAACAGAUUCAGUUUGCAGAAUACUGUGAUCUUGACUCCACGCUGCGAUGGGCAGUUGCGCCUUGGAAGACAAUUCUCCUUGUAUGGAUAUAGAUCUCAAUGCUACCGUCAACGAAAUUCCGAUGAGGGAUGGACAACAUGAAACGUUGGAGGAAGAGUUGAACGAGACUAGGGCGGAGAACAAAAAGCUGUCGGCGGCGCUGUCGGCGAUGUGCGAAAACUACAGCAGCUUGCAGAGUCGGUUACUGGAUUUCAUGCAAGAGAGAUCGUGGAAGAGGAGGAAGUCCGACCGGGACACGACAACCUGCGGGAGUUCCGAAAUCGGGUACGAUGAAGCAUCGGUAUUAUCCAAGAGGCCUAGGGAAAUCAGAACUAAUAUCUCCAGAGUUCACGUCCAGACCGAUCCAUCCGACACCAGCCUUAUUGUGAAAGACGGAUAUCAAUGGCGAAAGUACGGUCAGAAAGUAACGAGAGAUAACCCAUCUCCUAGAGCAUACUACAAAUGUUCUUUUGCACCUUCUUGUCUUGUGAAGAAAAAGGUGCAGAGAAGUGUGGAAGAUAAAUCCAUCUUGAUAGCUAUAUACGAAGGUGAACACAACCAUCCCCACCCAUCAGAGACAACCCAAACAUUUACCUUAGCAUCACAAACAUCUAAUCUAGGAUUUCACAAUAACAUACAAAGAUCAUCAUGUGAUUCCAUAGUGGACAACACCAAGGAAAUACAACAACUUUUGGUUGAGAAAAUGGCUUCUUCCUUGACAAAUGAUCAUAGCUUCACUGAAGCACUGGCAGCAGCCAUAUCCGAGAGGAUAUUAGACAACCCCUUAGAUUGAUGGUGAUGAAAUCAUAGUUGUAUAAUUAAUUAGUGUCGUUAUAAGUCACAUGAUUUUUUUUGGUAAGUGUAUGAUUUAGUUGAUGAUUUUUAAUGUAUUCCUGCAUGGUUUAAUUUGUAUAUGAGAUUAUGAGUUCGAUUUGCUUAGAAACUUUCUAAUUUCUUUUAGUUUAUAUUUA